GGGCGUCCACGUUGGGGAACGAGUUUUCUGUAUUUGCAGGAAAAGAUGGCAGCGUCCGUGUGCCGAGUCGGUAGCACUGUGGGUCGAGCUCUUGCCAAAGCCCGUAGCCCCAUCCUGCUGUCUCUGCGGCGUGGCCAGGCUACGGUGACCUACGCCCAGAGCCUUCUGGGAGCUCCUGAGACCCGCCUCACUGCCCUGGACAAUGGCCUGAGGAUCGCAUCGGAGGAGACCGGACACAGCACAUGCACUGUUGGGCUGUGGAUCGGCUGUGGAAGUCGCUAUGAGACUGAGAAGAACAAUGGAGCUGGGUUCUUCCUGGAGCACAUGGCUUUCAAGGGGACAAAGAAGCACACCCAGAUGGCCCUGGAGCAGCAGGUAGAGUCCAUGGGCGCUCACCUAAGUGCGUACACUUCCCGAGAGCACACUGCCUACUACAUGAAGACCCUGGCCAAAGACCUGCCCAAAGCGGUGGAGCUGUUGUCAGAGGUAGUGCAGAGCAAUGCCCUGAGCGAGGCUGACAUUGAGCAGCAGAGGAGUGUCGUGCUGAGAGAGCUGGAGGAGGUGGAGGGCAGUCUGCAGGAUGUGUGUCUGGACCUGCUGCACGCCACAGCUUUCCAGGGUACCCCCCUGGGACACAGUGUGCUGGGACCGUCCCAAAAUGCCAGGACUUUGAGUCGACAGGAUCUGGUAGAUUUCAUCAGGAGCCACUACAAGGCCCCCCGCAUGGUGCUGGCAGCUGCUGGAGGUGUGACUCAUGAGGAGCUGGUUGGGUUGGCCAAACAGCACUUUAGCGGAGUUUCCUUUGAGUACGAGGAUGAUGCCGUGCCUGUUCUGUCCCCCUGCCGCUUCUCUGGCAGCGAGAUCCGCAUGCGUGAUGAUGAUAUGCCCCUUGCACACAUUGCUAUCGCAGUGGAGGGUGCCAGUGCCGCCAGCCCAGACAUCGUGCCUCUCAUGGUGGCCAACUCCAUCAUUGGAAGCUAUGACAUCACUUUCGGUGGUGGAAAGCACCUGAGCAGCCGCCUUGCUCGUCUGGCCUCAGAAGAGAGUCUGUGCCACAGCUUCCAGGCCUUCCACUCCUCCUACAGCGACACUGGUCUGCUGGGCAUCUACUUUGUCACCGACAAACACCACAUCGAUGACAUGAUGCACUGGUCACAGAACGCUUGGAUGAACUUGUGCACCACAGUGACAGAGAGUGAUGUUGCCAGAGCCAAGAACGCCCUCAAGGCCAGCCUGGUGGGACAGCUCGAUGGAACGACGCCGAUAUGUGAUGACAUCGGCAGGCACGUCCUGAACUAUGGCCGCCGUAUCCCUCUGGCCGAGUGGGACGGCCGCAUCGAUGCUGUGACGCCCAGGAUGGUGCGUGACGUCUGCUCCAAAUACAUCUAUGACAAGUGUCCCGCUGUGUCUGCUGUUGGCCCCGUUGAGCAGCUGCCUGACUACAACAGAAUGCGCAGUGCCAUGUACUGGCUCCGCUUCUAAGAACCCGAUAGUGUUGCUCUCUGCGUGUCCGAUUUCUGCUCUUCCUUUCACUCUCCUCCACUCCCUUACUCCUCCCAUCACUGCAAGAGUGAAGAACUGAGGACUGCCUCAGCUCAUCAGCACAGACCUGUAUCUGCACCAUCAAAGGUCCUGCUCCUCCAUCUCUCUCUCGCACCCCCCUCUCCUCCUGCUACAUUAGUUCUAGUUGGUUAUGAGGGAAAGAACCACUGUGUUGAGGGUGUGAAUAAGUUCUGAGUGUUCUGUUUCCCUGUAAUUAUCAAUAAUUACCUCUCGAGAAAGAUUGUAAUACGGAAGAUUCUUGUUAAUAUCACUGAGCCUUUUCAUGCACCUGGUACUGUUCUGAGGAAGGGGAAGAGAGGGGGUCACCUGAACACAUUCAGUCAUACAUAUACAGUCAAAUCAGGCCACUGUACAACCAGUUAAUGUGGAGCAGAAGUAUUUAUGAAUUGAUGUAACAUUUUGUUUCUGUCCUAUUGUACAUAACAGAAGCUCUCAUAACGACAAAUUCAAAUAAAACAUUGUAAAAUA